CUUGCAGUUCUGCAAACUUGUGAUCGCUUUUAUUUGUGGUCUGAUCGUGAUAGUCCUGAUGAUCAUGGGCCUGGUGUCCACCGAUUGGCUGAUGGCCGCCGGAUGGCGCCAGGGUCUCUUCAUGCACUGCAUCGAAGAAAACGCUCCCGAGCCGCUGCCUUUCAACACUAGGGGGAGCGCGGGUUGUUACACAGCCAGGGACGUAGCGUACAUCAAAGCUUCGGCAGCUCUCUGCGUCAUAACGCUUUUGACAGACUUGGUAGCCACCGUUUUGACAGGUCUAGGACUUCGUACGAAAGACCACCACACCAAGUUCAAAUACUACAGGUUCGCUGUUAUAGUGAUGGGUCUAGCCCUGGCUUCUAUACUCAUAGCACUUAUUAUAUACCCCGUAUGUUUUGCGGCGGAACUAAACUUAGGCAACCGAACGAUAUGGGAGUUCGGCUGGGCGUACGGCGUGGGCUGGGGCGUGGCCAUUUUCCUCUUCAGCGGCGUGGUGUUGCUGAUGUGCGACAAGGAGAGCGAGGAGAUCUACUACAAGGAGCGGAAAAUCGUGCACGAAAACGAUUCGCGCGCCUAGUGGCCGCCUAGUCUGCCCGACGUUGUCCUCUGAUCGUAGGGGGUGGCGGACAAGCGCUCACCCUCUCCGUGAGAGCGGGACUGGUACGAACGAGAGAUUCUUGUGAGUCGACGUGAGAGUAAAUAUGCGAUAGAAAAAGGCGCUUUUGAGUUAUAUCUUGAUCUUUGUUACGAAGAGAAUAAAUUAAAAGAUUGCCAUUUAAAGAAUUGAAAAUUAUAGGUCAUUGUCUUAGAGAAAGUGUUCUUGAAGCUCUCUAAAUAAAAUCGAAUUAAAAAUCUAAGCUUAAAGUGACCAGAGACCAGAGCGGAAUAUUUUAAGGUAUAGUUCAUUUGAACUACUCACUAUUAAUUUCGGAUUAUUUGAACUACUAUCCUUCAAACAUAGGAAACGUAUUUAAUGUUGUAUUUUAUUACAUUACGGUACAUUUGAACUACUUCCCAUUACAAUUAAUCGGACAUUUGGCCUACUCGUUAAAAAAAAUAAAAAGAUUUAUAUGGAUACUCUAUUCUUUAAAUGGUUAAAAGAAACCAGAUUUUUUAUUUCAUGCAGAAAAAAAAUUUUUGUUAAGUUUUGCUAAAACCGCAGAAUGUAGCAUUAAAUGAGCAUGAAAUAUGUACAACGAUCAAGAUACUAUAUUCUCCAAUAAAGGGUUAAUUAAUCAUUAAUCCUAUAAUAUGAUUAUCUUUACUUACAAAACUUUAAUAUUUCUUCCAAAAACAAUAUACAACUGCAUUAUGUUCUUAAUAACUUUACAUAAUAAAUCUAAUACAUUUUAUCUAAAACCAAUGAAACUUUGACCAUUUUUCUAAAAAUUCGAGCGAAAUAAGAACGCAAAAACCAAACCUGCAUGUUAAUACACGUCGAUUCUCAAGAAUAAAGUGUGAAUGUUGCUUGCCUGUAAUUGAAUGUUUACCUGGUCAGUUUGAUAUAAUGGAGACCAAUUUCAGUUUGUUCUGGAUUUAAUGUACAAAAUAGUUUUCGUAGGACGCUCUCCUGUAAUUAAUAAUUCAGCUUUAUUUUUGUAUAUUAUUUUUUUCCAAUUUUUAUGCGAAUAAAUGUGUAGUAAGUCGUUCGGACAAUGAAAACGCGUUAUUUAAACGAGUAGACAUUUGAACUACU